AUGAGAUUUGGGAAAUGUGGAAAGUUAAGCCCUCGUUACAUUAGACCCUAUGAGAUCACGAAGCGAAUUGGACCUGUUGCCUAUAGACUUGCGUUAUCCCCAGAGCUAUCUCGAGUUCAUGAUGUAUUCCAUGUAUCCAUGCUCCGGAAAUACAUGCCAGACCCUUCUCAUGUAUUAGAAUAUCAACCUGUGGAGUUAGAAGAAUAUUUGUCGUAUGAGGAGCAACCAGUAAGAUCUUGGAUAGGAAAGAACAAAGGUUGCGUUCUAGAUCCAUUCUUGUAG